GAACCCUAAAACAGUAGCUUCAAGUUUUGGUCUUUCUUGCGCAAAUUAAUUAAAUUCCCAUUUCUUUAUACUUUCUUCUUCCCACCAAGAUAGCAAAAUCCUCAUUUUUAUCUGGAAUAUCAAACAAAAACUGUUUAUUUUAUUCAUUCUCAUUUGAAUUCUUCUGCAAAACCGGUGGUAGCUGCUUCUCUGUUUUAUCACUUGUAAUCAUUUCCCCUCUUUUUCCCUCCAAAAAUCCCCUGUUUAAUUACUUCUUGAAUUCUGUUAUUAUAGUUUGAGCUCCUGUUUUAUUGCUUCUGUUAAAUUUCUACUGUUCUAAUUGUUCAUGUUUGUUCUGCUCAAACUAUAGCUUUGUUGUUCUUCUAAGUUGGUAUUUUUCUGCUACUUUUAGCAGUUUUAGGUUGUGGGGUUUUGGGUAUUUUGCCCAAAACUUGAAAUUUCUGUGUUUUUUGUGCAUAUUUGGUUGAUUUCGGAAUUUGGGUAUUGGUUAUUAUCUUGAUUAGGGUAUUGGGUAGAGCUCCAAUUGUUGAGUAGUUUGUUUAGUGAUGGGGAAGCCUAUUGGUAAGAAGAAGCCUGAAUCUGAUCCUAAGCAAGGGAGUUCGACGAAGGCGAGCAAGGGCUCUGAUAGAAGUUCGAAAGCGUUUGAUGAAGAUACAGCAAUCUUCAUUAACAUGUCUCAGGAGUUUAAGGAUGAGGGUAGCAAGUUGUUUCAGAAGCAAGACUAUGAAGGGGCCAUGUUGAAGUUUGAAAAGGCCCUUAAAUUGCUUCCUAGUAAUCAUAUAGAUGUAGCUAAUUUGAGGACAAACAUGGCUUCUUGUUAUAUGCAAAUGGGUUUAGGAGAAUACCCGAGGGCGAUUAGUGAGUGUAAUUUGGCAUUAGAGGUUGCACCUAAGUAUAGCAAAGCUUUUUUGAGGAGGGCUAAGUGUUUUGAGGGUUUGCAUAGGUUGGAUUUAGCUUGGAGGGAUGUGAGUGUUGUGUUGAAUAUGGAACCUAAUAACCAGACCGCUUUGGAGCUCAGUGAUAGCCUGAAGAAGACCAUGGAUGAGAGGGGUAUUGAACUGGAUGAGAAGGAAAUUGCUUUGGCCAUUGAACACACUCUUUCCCCUAGUGGCACACCUACUCGCAAAAUUGCAAAAGCGAAGACAUUAACAAAGGAGAAGUCAUCGAAGAAGAAGAGGAGAAGCAUGAGAGUUGAGGAUGCUAAGGAUGAUCUUGUUGAGGCGAAGAAGGUGGAGGAUGAGCCUAAACCUGAACAAGUUGUGGAGAAGAAGGUGCAGCCUAAGUCAACCGGUAAACAAGUUAAGGAGAAGAAGGUGUAUGCUAGGUCAAAACGUGAACAGGUUGAGGAAGAUGUGCCAAAAUCUGAGGAUAAGGAAGUUGUUCAAGAAAAGGUUGUGGUUAAAGAAGCGAAAAUGGUUGCAAGUUCUGUCAAGUUAGUUUUUGGUGAUGAUAUAAGAUAUGCUCAAUUACCUAUCAACUGUAGUGUAUUAUUGAUGAGGGAUGUUGUCCGUGAUCGGUUUCCGAGUUUGGAGGGUUUCCUUGUGAAAUAUAAGGACCAAGAAGGUGAUUUGGUGACUAUUACCACUACAGAUGAAUUGAGGAAAGCUGAAGGGUCUGGGGAUCAACAUGGUUCUCUCAGGUUAUACAUUUCAGAAGUUAGCCCUGACCAAGAACCUACUUAUGAAGGCGGUGAUGACUGGGAUGUUUCCGAGGUUAAGAAGAAAGUUUACGAUGACAUAAAGAAUGAAGAAUCCAAAAAUGGUGAUAGCAAGGAGAAGGAUUCAACUACAAUAGACAGUUGGAUUAUCCAAUUUGCUCAGCUCUUCAAAAACUAUGCUGGGUUUGAUUCUGAUGCAUACUUGGACCAACAUGAGAUUGGAAUGAAGCUAUAUUCAGAGGCAAUAGAAGACACUAUUUCAAGUGAAGAUGCUCAACAACUUUUUGACAUUGCUUCUGAUAAGUUUCAAGAAAUGGCAGCUUUGGCUCUGUUCAAUAUGGGCAAUGUUCACAUGUCUAAGGCAAGAAAGCAGGUUCCUGUUUCAGAGGACACUUCUGGUGAAUCGAUGGUUUUACAGAUUAAAUCAGCUUAUGAAUGGGCAAAAAAGGAGUACACAAAGGCAUGCUCGAAAUAUGAAGAAGCCCUUAAGAUUAAACCCGAUUUCUAUGAAGGUCAUCUUUCUCUUGGGCAGCAGCAGUUUGAACUGGCUAAGCUUUGCUGGCAUUAUGCACAAAGGGACAAGGUUGAUGUGGAUUCUGGUAUAACUCAGGAGAUUCUUCUUCUUUAUAAUAAAGCAGAGGAUAGCAUGGAAGCAGGUAUGCAGAUAUGGGAGGAAAUGGAGGAACGCCGUUUGAAUGGACUCUCCAAGGAAGAAAAGUACAAGGCUAAGCUGCAGAAAUUGGGAUUGGAUGGUUUGCUGAGAGAUUUAUCUGCAGAUGAAGCUACUGAACAGGCUUCAAUUUUGAGAUCACAAAUAUAUAUUUUAUGGGGUACACUGUUAUAUGAGCGCUCAAUUGUCGAAUUCAAGUUGGGUUUACCAUCUUGGGAAGAAUGUUUAGAGGUUGCAGUUGAGAAGUUUGAACUUGCCGGUGCUUCCCAUACCGAUAUAACUGUUAUGAUAAAGAAUCAUUGCUCGAACCAAGCUGCACCAGCAGGUCUGGGGUUCAAAAUCGAUGAAAUUGUUCAGGCAUGGAAUGAGAUGUAUGAUGCAAAGAGGUGGCAGCUUGGAGUUCCAUCUAACAGGUUGGAGCCAUUGUUUCGCCGGCGAGUUCCUAGACUUCAUCAAGUGUUGGAGCAUCUUUGAGCAAGUUGGUAAAGAUUUGCAAUGUUUAGACAUGGCAAAUUAGGGUCAGCUUGCUGACUGCUGUUCCUUAAUAGAAUAGGUUUUUGUGGUCAAGGAGCAGGACAAUAUUUUUGUUGUCCAUGGCUUUUUGGUUUGUUAGCGUAUACAAGGCUACAAGCGUUGGUCGUAGCAUUGGUGUAAUUGAAGUGUGUGGUCGGGCUGCGGCGCCAGUUCGUAAAAGCUUGCUGUUUCCUCACAGGAUUACAGAAGAAUGGCACAGAUAUUUUGUGCUUUAUAGAUGAUUUGUUGUCAUAGUUUGCAUACUACUUGAGUCAAAAAUUGAAAUUUGUAAAGUCAUUCAUGGAAGAUUUGCAUAUAGGAUUUUGGAAGUGGUUCUGGUGUUAUUCUUUUCAUUCAUUUUUGUCAAAUUGCUGGUUUCACAUAGCAAUUUUAUAGAUGAUUUGUCAAUUGUAAUGCAACAAUGUAUCAGUGAAAGGGUUCCACUUAGUAUUAUGCUUUUUAUUUAA